GGUGAUGAAUGAUUGACGUGCUUGCUGCCCACCCCCCACCAUAGUGUUUAACCUCACUGCGGCUCUUGAAUGCAACUCGUUCACCUCAAACUUUGGACCAAACUCUCUCCAGUUAACCGACUCCUCUGAAUCAGAGAAGCGGAAGCAAUGGCCGGGCCUCCUGUUAUUAUCUGGGAGCAUGAAGUGGAGCGUCUGCUGCAUCUCAGAGAGCUUGUCCCUCGUCUGGAGGAAGCUUUGGGGAAGUUCUCCAGACGAGACAGCAAGGAGGUGAUCCAGCCGGUGCGCACCACGGUGCCGCUGCAGAAACACCACGGCUUCAUGGGAUUGAUGCCCACAUACAUGGAGAAUGAUGGACUCUUGUGCACAAAGUUUGUGUGUUUCUACAAGAGGGAGGAUGGCUCAACUUUGCCAUCCACGCAAGCCACAGUGGUGCUUUUGGACCCAGAGUAUGGGAAUGUGAAGGCUGUCAUAGAUGGAGAAUUAAUCACAGCCAUGAGGACAGCUGCAGCCUCGGCCAUCUCUGCUAAGCUGCUGAUGAGCCCUGAGGCAGAAGUGUUGGCCAUCUUGGGGACUGGCAAACAGGCCUUGAGCCAUUAUAACGCCUUCACAGAAAUGUUUUCAUUUAAAGAGGUGCGUGUAUGGAGCUGCUCAAAACAGGGAGCGGAGAGGUUUUGCAGCUCUGUCAGCGGUCCGGUGAAGGCGUGUGCCUCAGUGGAGGAGGCGGUGAGGGGAGCAGAUGCCAUAGUGACGGUAACCAGAAGUACAGAACCAGUGCUUUUUGGUCGGUGGGUCAAACCAGGAGCCCACGUGGCAGCGGUCGGAGCUUGCAGGCCAGACUGGCGGGAGCUGGACGACGUGUUGAUGAAGGAGGCGGUGGUGUACGCUGACAGCAGGGAGGGAGCAAUGACAGAGUCCGGCGACGUCAUCCUCUCCGGGGUUGAGGUGUUUGCAGAGCUCGGAGAUGUUAUUAAUGGGACAAAACCUGCCCACAGAGAGAAGACAACCGUGUUCAAAUCCCUUGGAAUGGGAGUUGAAGAUGCUGUGUCUGCUCAGCUGGUAUUUGACCAAUGGAACGCAAAAAACAGAAAACUAUGAAGUGGCCAUGUACUUCAAUCUUGACCUCUCUGUUUGACCUUUAUGGCACACAAGCUGGUCAAGAUCAAGGCAAUCUAAGACAGGAGAGAAAAUAAUACACUAUUCAGUCCAAAUGGAUUUUUACUCCACUUUAUAUAAAAAAAACACUGCUGAUAAACCUCCUAAAAUAAGUACACCGAUUUUGCCAUUGAGCUGUAUAUUUAAUGCUGAAAUGCUUAGUUGAUUAAUCAUUUAGGGUAUACGUCCCUAUUAAGCCCACACACCAUAUAAGCCCACUUGCAAUUUCUAAGUAAAAAACAACUACAUAAUUUUUUGCUGUGAUGUUUCUUCCAAUAAAGUUGCUUGCUAUUACAUAAA